AUGACAACAUCAACAUCGUCAACAGCUUCAAGCACAACAUCAACGUCUACAACAACGUCAACGACAUCAACAUCGACAACAACAUCAGCAACGUCGACAACAACGUCAACGACAUCAACAACAACAUCAGCAACGUCGACAACAUCAACGUCGUCAACGACAUCAACAGCGACGUCGACAACGACAUCAACAGCAACAUCGACAACAACAGCAACAGCAACGUCGACAACAUCAACAUCCACAACAACAUCGAUAGAUAGUGGUAUGUAA